AGGGUUCUUCGUCGUAGUCCCUGGACGAAAGAGCUUCACUAACUCAUCAUUUAUUCCUUAUCCUCUGAAACUGAAAAGGGGAAGAUGAAAUGGAAAUGGGGAUGUCCCUUUUCGUUAUAUAUGUGCUUGAUCUUCGUUUCUUUUUUUGACCAAUCUCUUUAUAAACAAUGCAGGUUUUCUUUUUCAUGUUGUUUCUCUUGCAAUGCAUUUGUUGUAAAGAUUAAAAAAAAAAAAAAAUAUGAUGCUCAUGCAUGUUAAUUUUGGCUGAAAAAAACAAAAAAGGAGUGGUGUGAUGUUUUUGAAGCUCAAGGAGGGAAGUUUGCUGAGUAGUAUGGCUAGUUGUGGUGCGUUCUAUGUGAGUCUAGCUGUGGUUUAUGUUGUGACCUCCCCGCCCCCUUUCUUUAAAUGUCUAUCAUACAUUCAAGUAACUUUCUUCGCGCACGGCUUGUAAACACACAAGGAUGUAAAGUGUAUUGGAUGCCAUUUACAAAUAUUAAAUUCGUUUGCAUACUUCUAUCACAGCAUAAAGUUUCGUAAACAAGUAGAAAGUCAUAUUUUGUCCUGCAAGUUUGUAAAGCAAUGAAAACCUGAUUUCAUAUAAUAAUAACAAGAAGCUUUUUGGAUUCUUUCCUCUGAACCAAAGCUGCAAAAACUGAUUUAACUAGCAUUAGACUUUGUUAGGAUAUAAAUUCAGAAAACAUUGCUUGCAUUUCACAUUAAGAAACUGCGGUGUUGUAUUGAUAAUCGUUAAGAUCACUGAUAUAGUUGAAUGAUGAAGCAUUGUUCAUCUGUGUGAUGUGAAAGGUAGUCGAAUCAUCAAUUUGGAAUGAAAGUUGAUGUGUACUCGAAUAACAUAAUGUCCAAACUUUACACUUUGACAAUGAGAAGAGUCAUUUUAUGCAUGAAAACUUUCUGGCAUUUGUAUUCAAAUACUAUAAAUGGUCACUUCAAUUAUGUGCGUACUCGUUCUCCUGUAAUUCCCCUGACAUAUGACGACCAAUAUAUAGUUGGUCUGGGGAUAGUCAAUAACAAUGUUUGUACCUAUCUACUAUUUGAUGUGCCUUGACAUUUUGUUUUUUAAUUUUAGUCAAAAUCUCUUCUGGGAUAUCUUCUGAUCAUGUUCUUUUUAGAGGAUUUGUUUUUGUUGAUCCAUUUCAUAGUGUGCUAGGCUUAAUCAUAUAUUGGCUGGUAAGUUCAUCUCUAACAUGUUGUGCCUUUUGCUCCUUAAGUGACAUCUUUUAAGUUUGAAAGGUUCUUCUAUAGGCUUGUUCAAAUGUUGCUGUUGUUGUUUUCUGGAUAAAAUGGUAUCUUCAUGAAAUGAUACAUAAAAUAUGUUUCAAAGAAUUUCUCAUGGGAAUGAUACAACAUUGUUUGAUGAAGGAAACCUAACUGUCGCAAUUCCACAUUUUGAAUGUUUGCUUGUGUAAUUAUGUAUAAUAAGCCUGUCGAAACCCAGAUGGUUCACUGGUCUACUACAUGAAGGCCGGUUUGGUUGUUGAAUUGUGCCAAAAAUCAUUAUAAAAGGCAACUUAAAAUAAAGAUAUCAAUUGGUCCAGAGGAUAAAGAAAAUUGAGGGAGGUUUGCAUGAAAUUGGCAAUCAUGAGCCCCAAGAUUGAAAUCCACAAAGCACCUCCUCUUCGAUCAGCGAUGGCUAAUUCUGAGCAAGUUGUGGAAAAUGAUGCUGGAUCCUCUCUGAUAGAACAGCUUGGGAGGGCAUUACAUGAGCUAGAAGCUUGCAAGGAUUCUUCUGUGGAAAAGGUUCAGUGGAUGGAAAUUGAAGAACAUUUCCGCAACCUUGAGACGGUGUUAAAGAAAAAAUCUGUAGAGUUAGAAGCUAGGGAGAAAGAAUAUGAAGAGAAAGAAGCUGAAACUCGUGCAUUGCUUGCUGAGAGAGAGGUGGCUGUUGUCACUAAGGAACUAGAACUCCUAGAUCGAAUACAGGAGCUAAAAGAUACUGCUGUUUCUGUCAUCGCAGAGGCACGAGCUAAUCACCAGCCCAGCUCUUUGGAGUGCAUUGAUGGAGAUAACAUAGACAGAAAGGUAAGCAGCUCUCUUGCUGAAAUAAAUUAUCCAGGGGAGUAUUCUCAAAAAAUGGGUGAAACUGCUGAUGGUGUGGCUGCUGAUGUUAAGCCACGUCCAGAGCUCACACAAUUUUGCGAGCAGAUGGAUGCAAAAGGGCUUCUGAGUUUUUCCAUGGAGAAUCAAAAAAAUUUAUAUGCCAUCCGUGAUGAACUUUCUGUUGCACUAGAAAUUGCAACUGAACCAGCCCGUUUGGUGCUGGAUUCACUAGAGGGGUUUUAUCCUCCUGUUGAAACCGGCCAACAAAUGGAUAAGAAGGAUGCUGCCCUUCAGGGCAUGCGCAAAUCCUGUGUUAUAUUUAUGGAAGCCAUGGCCGCCUUAUUGGCAAGAAUUGACCCAGGUGCUGAUCACCUUCUAAACCCUGAAAUAAAGCAGCAAGCCAAGGCAUUUGCUGAUGAAUGGAAGCCUAAGUUGGCUAGUGCGGGCACUGAUGCUACCAAUGGAGAUCCAUUGGAAGCAGAAGCAUUCUUGCAGCUCCUUUCAACUUUUAGAAUUGCUUCGGAGUUUGAUGAAGAAGAACUCUGCAAGCUUGUUCUUGUAAUUGCCCAGCGCAGGCAAGCACCUGAGCUCUGCCAUUCUCUUGGUUUAACACACAAAAUACCAGGUGUUGUUGAGUCAUUGGUCAACGAUGGGAAACAAAUUGAUGCUGUUCGAUUUAUCCAUGCCUUCCAGCUUACUGAAAUUUUCCCCCCUGUUCCCCUCCUGAAGACAUACUUGAAGGAUUUGAGAAGAAACUCACAGAACACACAAAGAAAGGGUGGAAACUCAGGAGGUGGUGCAGGUGUACAGGUUGAUGGAAAUGCACUAGAGCUUGCAGCACUGAAGGUUGUCAUCAGGUGUGUUGAAGAGUACAAGCUUGAAGCUGACUACCCACUUGAUCCACUUCAGAAAAGGCUUGCUCAAUUGGAGAAAUCGAAAUCUGAUAAGAAGAGGGCAGGUGAUUUUGGUAAACAUUACCAAUCGAAGAAACCAAAAGUUAAUCGAGGUUAUCGUGGAUUACGAGGUGCUGCCACUGGUCCUGCAAGUGGUUGGCGAGCUCCACCUCCUUGGACAGCGUACCCUGGAAUGCUGCCUGAGAGGUAUCCUCAUACUGUUCCAAAUCCCUAUGAAUAUCAGAUUCCUAGCCAAUCUGCAUAUGGUCAGCAAGCUAAUGAUCAAAAGAUGUACUACAAUCCUCAAGAUGACAGGGUUACCGCUGCCUCCUCAUACAGUGCAGCUCCUCCUAAUUAUGGCAGUUAUAUGGGUGCUGGAACGCGAUCCUCACACCAACCAUAUAUGCAGUAGUCUCAUUUACAUGGUAGUUCAUUUUUUUUUCUUUUUUUUUCCUGCGAUGCAGAAUUAAAUAUUGUAAUGUUCUGUAAGCACGUAUUAUCCUUGUUCUGUUGGUAAAUGCAAAGAUUUAAUAACAUUGUAGUUGCUAGAUGAAA